AUGCAAUUCUACAAAGUGGUGCCGAUCAAAGACAUCCGGAACCUGUACGUGACGUUCCCCAUCCCAGACCUGCAGAGGUAUUACAAGUCCAACCCGGGCCAUUACCUGGGCCACCUGAUCGGACACGAGGGCCCCGGGAGCCUACUGUCCGAGCUCAAGUCUAAAGGCUGGGUCAACACUCUUGUCGGAGGUCAGAAAGAAGGAGCCAAAGGUUUCAUGUUUUUCAUCAUCAACGUGGACCUGACGGAGGAGGGCCUUCUGCACGUGGAGGACAUCAUCUUCCACAUGUUCCAGUACAUCCAGAAGCUCAGGACGGAGGGGCCUCAGGAGUGGGUGUUCGACGAGUGCAAGGAUUUGAACAAAGUUGCGUUCCGGUUCAAAGACAAAGAGCGUCCUCGUGGAUACACGUCUAAAGUGGCCGGUUUGCUUCACUAUUAUCCUCUUGAAGAAGUCCUGGCUGCAGAGUACCUCCUGGAGGAUUUCAGACCAGAUCUGAUAGAGAUGGUUUUGGACAAACUCAGACCGGAGCACGUCAGAGUGGCGGUGGUGUCCAAGUCUUUUGAAGGCCAGACCGAUAAAACAGAAGAGUGGUACGGCACGCAGUACAAACAAGAGGCCAUUUCAGACGAGACGAUCAAGAAAUGGGGCAACGCGGAUCUGAACGGGAAGUUUAAGCUACCCAUGAAAAACGAGUUCAUUCCCACAAACUUUGAGAUCUACCCCCUGGAGAAGGACGUGCCCUCGGUCCCCAGUCUGAUCAAGGACACAGCGAUGAGUAAAGUUUGGUUCAAACAGGACGACAAGUUCUUCCUCCCAAAGGCCUGUCUGAACUUCGAGUUCUUCAGCCCCUUUGCGUACGUGGAUCCGUUGCAUUGUAACAUGGCUUAUUUAUACCUGGAGCUCCUCAAGGACUCCCUGAACGAGUAUGCAUAUGCAGCCGAGCUAGCCGGCCUCAACUACGACCUGCAAAACACCGUCUAUGGGAUUCGCUACCUUUACGCAGACCCCCUCCACUGCAACAUGACCUACUUGUUGCUCAGAUUACUCAAGGACGAUUUAAAUGAGUAUGCUUAUGCAGCGCGGCUGGCAGGGCUUCACUAUGGAGUAGCCUCAGGGAUGAAUGCCAUUCUCCUGUCAGUGAAAGGUUACAAUGACAAACAGCACAUCCUCCUCAAGAAAAUCAUCGAGAAAAUGGCCACGUUCGAGAUCGACGAGAGGCGCUUCGACAUCAUCAAGGAGGCGUACAUGAGGUCCUUGAAUAACUUCCGGGCGGAGCAGCCGCAUCAACACGCCAUGUACUACCUCCGGCUGCUCAUGACCGAAGUGGCCUGGACCAAAGACGAGCUCCGAGACGCGCUGGACGACGUGACUCUCGCUCGACUCAAGGCUUUUAUUCCUCAGCUGUUGUCACGGUUACACAUAGAAGCCCUCAUCCACGGAAACAUACUGAAGGAGUCUGCUUUGGAGAUGAUGCAGAUGGUGGAGGACAAACUGAUCGAACACGCUCACACCAAACCUCUGCUCCCGAGUCAACUCAUCCGCUACAGAGAGGUGCAGGUGCCAGACGGCGGCUGGUACGUGUAUCAGCAGAGGAACGAGGUCCAUAAUAACUGUGGGAUCGAGAUCUACUAUCAGACCGACAUGCAGAGCACCCACGACAACAUGCUGCUGGAGCUGUUCUGUCAGAUCAUCUCUGAGCCCUGCUUCAACACGCUGAGGACCAAAGAGCAGCUCGGUUACGCGUUCCUGCUGUUCCAGGAGGAGAGCUCGGUCCAGGCUCUGAUCGACUCCUGCAUCGAAGAAGAAAACAAACUGUAUCUGUGCGUCUCCAGCCCCACCAUCAAGGACAAACCAGUUCAGAUUCGUCCGUGGAACCUCGGCGACAGUGACUACGUGAUGGACGGGUCUCAACCUCUGGACCCGAGGAAAACCAUAUUUGUGGGAGGAGUCCCGCGGCCGCUCAGAGCAGCGGAGUUGGCGAUGAUCAUGGACCGGCUCUACGGAGGGGUGUGCUACGCCGGCAUCGACACGGACCCAGAGCUGAAGUAUCCGAAGGGAGCGGGACGAGUGGCCUUCUCCAACCAGCAGAGCUACAUCGCCGCCAUCAGCGCCCGCUUCGUGCAGCUGCAACACAACGACAUCGACAAGAGGGUGGAGGUGAAGCCGUACGUGCUGGACGACCAGAUGUGCGACGAAUGCCAGGGCGCUCGCUGCGGCGGGAAGUUCGCUCCGUUCUUUUGCGCCAACGUGACGUGUCUGCAGUACUACUGUGAGCUCUGCUGGGGCUGCAUCCACGCCCGGGCCGGCCGAGAGUUCCACAAGCCCCUGGUGAAGGAGGGGGGGGACCGGCCCAGGCACGUGUCCUUCCGCUGGAGCUGA